ACCAUGGUGUGUGGGGCUGAUGGGAAUUGGAGUCCCAACGUCUGAAGGGCACCAAGUUGGCUUCCUCUGCAUCCAGCCGCACAAAAGCCAAAGGUCUAAGAAAAAGUGCAUGCUGUUGUUAUGAACAAUAACAGACCCUGCAAGACAAAUGCAGUAUAAGCUGAAAUCAAUAGUUCUUCAGGUUCAAAGGCUUUGGCAGCUUGAGCAGCAUUCCUUGGACGUUCACCAUCCGCCGUGUCUCCGCCGCCCCCAAUGGCUUCCUGGCACCCACCUUUGAAAGCACGCAGGACGACUUAAACGCUGUGCCCAAAAGCCCGUCCCCAUAUGCUCGGUCAUGUGAUAUGUACAGCCACAUGGGGACCAUGCCUAGGGGCCAUUCUGGACAGUCGAGGGGAAAGGCCAAAGACAAAGGGGCACCCAAAGGGGGGGCUCAGGAGGCAGAGUCACCAACCGCCCCGGGGCCCAGUUUGACAGCCGUGGCACCUGUCCCCCCAAAAGACACUUCUUUGGAAGGUGGGGGAGCAGAGCACAAGGAGAAGACAAAGUUGUUCUCAUCCAAAGCCAAGCACAGCCAGGCCCGCUCCCAAGCUGUGAGGGCCGUCGUCGUGAUCAGCACCUCCAAGUGUUUUCCGGAGCCCAGGCAGACUUCUGAGGGACCCCAAGAGAAAACAAAGAGGAAUAAGCAGGACUCUCCCCAGGUCCCUGGGAAGCCCGCCUUUGAGGGUGCACAGGACGACUUGAAUACUGGGCCACAAAGCCUGCCCCCGUAUGCCCGGUCGUGUGAUAUGUACAGCCACACAGGGACUUUGCCGAGAACCGGCUCUGGGCGGUCAAGAAGACAGCCCAAAGAGGAACCCAGGAGGUCUAAGCAGGAGUUUGUGCAGGCCCCUGGAAAAGCCGCUGAGGAACAUGCCGAUACGCAAGCCCCCAAAGAACCCAUUUUGUCCAAAGAGCAAGCUACUAGAGAGAGACCCCCUCAGGAACAUUUAGAUAAGAGACACCAAGAUGGCCUAGAAUCCUGCAGCGAAUAUGUUAAGUUCUCCAAGGAGAAAUAUAUCCUUGACUCAUCGCCUGAGAAGCUUCACAAGGAGUUGGAAGAGGAGUUCAAGCUCAGCAGCACAGACCUCCGCAGCCACGCCUGGUAUCACGGGCGCAUCCCCCGGGAGGUGUCUGAGAGUCUAGUACAGAGAAACGGGGACUUUUUAAUACGUGACUCGCUCACCAGCUUAGGGGAUUAUGUGCUCACGUGCCGUUGGCGGAACGAGCCCCUCCAUUUCAAGAUCAAUAAGGUGAUGGUAAAGUCCGGCGAAGGCCGCACUCACGUCCAGUACCUCUUUGAGCAAGAGAGUUUUGACAAUGUGCCAGCCUUGGUGCGCUUCUAUGUGGGAAACCGCAAGCCCAUCUCAGAGCACAGUGGCGCCAUCUUCUAUUGCCCCAUCAACCGCACCUUUCCUCUGCGCUACCUGGAGGCCAGCUAUGGACUAGCCAAUGGGAGACAUGGCAGCUCACACAGCCACUCCAGCCAGAAAGGGGGACACAUCAAACGAAGGAGCAUCACCAUGACUGACGGAUUGACAGCUGACAAGAUCACAAGGGGCGAAGGAUGCCCAACCAGCGUCUCCUUGCCACAUCACCGGGACAUCAUCCGGAACUGCGCAGUCAGUGUGGAUCAAAUCCAAGACCUCCACUCCUCAAUGUCUCCCAUCUCCGAGAGCCCUUCAGCUCCAGCCUACAGCACUGUUACUCGGCUAAAACCACAAGCCGUCAAUGGCGUAACCCCAGCAUCCCCGGUCAUAAGGCGCUCCAGUGAACCACAGCUGUGCCAAGGAAAUGGUAGCAAGGCUGAUCAGUCGGAGAGCACCCACUCUACCCCUUCCCAUGGCUACUCCAGGGCUUCACCUUCUCCCUCAGUCAGCAGCUACAGUGAUCCAGACACAGGACAUUACUGCCAGCUCCAUCCUCCCUCCCCGGUUCAAUGGGACAGGCCAACUGCAGAUGGCAAACAGACCCCAGCCAAAAGCUAUGUUGAGAGGCUAAAAGGGGAUGAGCGCCAGAGAGGGCUUGCUCUGAAUGGCUCUGAGGCUGAGGCUGGGACCAGGAAGAGGCCAGAUCUGGACAGCGGGGGCUUUGUUGUCCCUAUAGUAGAAAGGGCCUCGUCCUUCAACCCUGCUGUCUUCCGCUCACUCCUGAUCCCUCUGGAAAAUAAGCCCCUGGAAAUGGCGGUACUCAAGAAGGUCAAAGAGCUCCUCGCAGAAGUGGAUGCGAAGACCCUUGCCAAACAUAUCACCCAAGUGGAUUGCCUGGUGGCCAGGAUAUUGGGCGUUACCAAGGAGAUGCAGAGGCUCAUGGGAGUGAGCUCAGGGAUGGAGCUGCUCACCCUGCCCCACGGACAUCAACUUCGGCUUGAUUUGCUGGAAAGGUUUCAUACCAUGACCAUAAUGAUUGCCGUGGAUAUUCUGGGCUGCACGGGCAGCAUGGAGGAGAGGGCUUCCCUUCUUCACAAGACCAUCCAGUUGGCUGCUGAGCUGAAGAGUACAAUGGGCAACAUGUUCAGUUUUGCUGCUGUGAUGGAUGCACUUGAAAUGACUCAGAUCUCACGGCUGGAGCAGACCUGGAUGGUUCUACGGCAGCGACACACUGAAGGAGCCAUCCUCUACGAGAAGAAGCUGAAGCCUUUCCUAAAGAGUCUGAACGAAGGCAAAGAAGGCCCUCCCCUGUCGAACACCACCUUCCCUCAUAUUGUGCCCCUCAUCACACUCCUGGAACGGGACACAGCACUGCUGGAAAACCCGGAGCCCUGGGAAGACUUGGACAAUGGUGUGGAGGUAGUCAUGGCCCACCUGGAGGCUGCACGAAUGGUGGCUCAUCAUGGGGGGCUCUACCACACCAAUGCAGAGAUGAAACUGCAGGGAUUCCAGCCUCAACCAGAGCUACUUGAGGUCUUCAGCACAGAGUUCCAGCUGCGCCUUCUGUGGGGCAGCCGAGGUGCUGAGAGCAGCCAGACGGAGCGCUACGAGAAGUUUAACAAGGUUCUCACAGCAUUGUCCCACAAACUGGAGCCGGCAGUGCGAUCUAGCGAACUGUAACCCAACAAUGUGGACUCUGAGAAAGAACAGCAAGGGAAGAGUAGGGCCCUGAAAACUGCCUGCACCUUUCUUUCUACAUCAGCCCUGGCAGGAUGUUGAGGAAUGUGUUUCAGGCUGGCAUGGGGGAGCCCCAAGGUGGCAAUUUCUGUCGGUAAAGGCAUCCAAGAACAAAGCAGCCAAGCCAGAUGUUGGCUAUAGUAAAAGGUCUUUCUCUGCAUGAGUUCUGACAAUCAACGCACAGACGAUAUAGCAGUGAGUUCCCCCUUUUAAAAGCUGACAGUGGUAGAGCUCCUCCUAGCUAUCACUGCUAGCCUUGCAAGCAGUAUAUGGAGAUGCAUUGCUCAAGUUGGUUAACAGCAACUUUUGAGGAUUUGCAUUUCAGGCCUUAUAGCAUGGCUGGUGCAAAAACUCAUGCAGAAAUCUUUUCCUCGUGCUGUUAGGCAUAAUCUGCAAUGGCCAGUCUCUUUAUCAACUCUUGUAAGAGUAUUUUGUUUUGUCCGUCAAAAUUCCCAAGAGCAAAAAAAGGCCUUUUUGCCGUCUCCAGUAACUGCUAGCAUAGUUUUGAACUUUUUCAGCUGUUCCUGAGUCGAAGAUGCUGAGCACAGGCCUUCUGUAGUGCCACAAACUCCCAGGUAUUUAUAACUUGGUAAAGUAGCUAAUGAGGUAAUUGUAAGAGGUCUGGCUUAGGUCUUAAUUACUCAUGAUGGGGAUCACGUAGCUGCUGUUGACCCACAUCCACUCCAGCACUCCCCAAUAACAUUUGGUAAAAGUAACUAGUGAUGCCAUGUCAUUACACUCAGAUUCCCCUUAUUAUAUAGAUGGGUCCCCACUCAUGCCUCUCUCCCCCAAGGGUUAUACCAUGCCUGAGUCUCCAUCUCUACCCUUGCAGUUACAAAGAAAAGAUGAUCUUCUGCUUCAGGGUGUUUGAUAUUUGUUUUGUUUUAGGACUUUUCUGCUUGUAAAUAAUAAGAUCCACAUUGGGGUGUGUGUGUAUAUAUAUAAAUAUAUAUAUAUAUAUGUAUAUGUAUUCAAAAGGGACAUUUUCUGUAAAUAAUUAUUCAGCUCUUUUUUUGUCUUGUAAAUUAUGUACAUAUACCAUGGAGUGUCUUGAUUCUUGCAUACAAUAAAUGUUUAUGCUUUCUUUCUUCAAGAAAUGCUCUUUGGUAGAUCUUUCAAAUGUAGUGGUUACAGUGUUAUAGCAGGACCAAGUUCAGAUCUUCACUUAGCCACAAAGCUUACUGGGUGACCUUGGGCCAGUCACAAUUAUCUCAGUUAACCUGCUUCACAGGGUUGUUGCAAGGAUAAACUCGUAGGGGGGACAAUGUAAGAUACCUUGAAUGGGAUAUAAUGUAAUUAAUGACGGUGCAACCCAAACCCCCUUCGCGGUGUGCUGGGGUUGGAUAGGCAGAGUUGGCCUUCUGCCUAGCCCUGCCUGGCUCCUUCAGCUCCCACUGACUGGUGCGGAGCUUUCCCUUCUGCCCACCGAAUGUGCAGCAGCCAGCAGAAAUCCCCCAAAUGGGGCUUUCUGGUGGUGGGGAGGAGCUGGCGCAUCCUGAGUCAUCCCUGUGGCCAUCAUGCUCCUGGCUGGCCAAUGAUCUGCCUGCCUCCUCAUCUGCUGCCCCAACAGCCAUGAGUAUCCGGCGAUGCCUCUCCCCACCAUGGCCAAGAUCUUU